AUGGGGUUUAGCAUAAGAAGGGAUUUUUGUAAGAAGAACAAGUUCACUAACCAACUCAUCUGUAGACUUUUGGUUUGCAACAAUGAGGGAUUUCGAAAGGGUGACAAACGAGACCCAUUGUCACAAAACCCUAGAGCUGAAACUUGGACCGGUUGUGAGGCUCGACUUUAUGUCAAAUUAGAUGAGGGUACUGGGGAAUAUGUUGUGACUGAUUUCAAAGAAAAACACAACCAUGAUCUUGUAUCACCCGAGUGUGCCCACAUGUUGCUGUCACAAAGAAAGAUAUCGACUACCCAAGCAAUUGAGUUAGAUUUGACGGCACAAUCUGGUCUUCGUUUAGGCCAGUCUUUUGAACUCAUGGGUAGGGAAGCUGGUGGGAGGUAA